AUGAGGGGCCCGCCCCCCCCCCCUCCCACCGCCCCCCCCCACUCCCCGGCGGCCUCCGCGGAGCACGAGGACCGGAACCCCCAAAAUGAAAGUGGAUCGACGAAACUGAAGAAAACCCCCACGGAGGCGCCCGCCGACUGCCGGGCCCUCAUCGAGAAUAGCUGCAGCGAUGAACAGCUGGUGACAGAACUGCAGCAGAUCAAGACAUGGAACAUUGGCAAGUGCGAGCUGUACCACUGGGUGGACCUGCUGGACCGCUUCGACGCGCUGCUGGCCGAGGCGGGCCGGCCGGUGGAGGCCAUGAGCUGGAUGCUGGCCUGCGACCGGCCCGAGCGCCAGCCCCUCAAGGCCCUGCUGCUGGCCCUGCUCAACUUCACCGCCCUGCUCAUCGAGUACAGCUUCUCCCGCCACCUCUACAGCUCCAUCGAGCACCUGACCACGCUGCUGGCCUCCUCGGACAUGCACGUGGUGCUGGCCGUGCUCAACCUGCUCUACGUGUUCAGCAAACGCUCCAACUACAUCACCCGCCUGGGCUCCGAGCGCCGCGGGCCCCUGCUGGCCCGCCUGCAGCACUUGGCUGAGAGCUGGGGUGGAAAGGAGAAUGGAUUUGGGCUGGCUGAGUGCUGCAGGGACCUGCACAUGAUGAAAUACCCCCCCAGUGCCACCACGCUGCACUUCGAGUUCUACGCCGAGCCGGGCGUCGAGGUGAAGGUGGACAAGAGGGCCACCAGCACCACCCUGCACUACAUCCACAUCGAGCAGCUGGACAAGAUCUCAGAGAGCCCCUCGGAGAUCAUGGAGUCCCUGACCAAGAUGUACAGCAUCCCCAAGGACAAGCAGAUGCUGCUGUUCACCCAUAUCCGCCUGGCCCACGGCUUCUCCAACCACAAGAAGCGGCUGCAGGCGGUGCAGGCGCGGCUCCACGCCAUCUCCAUCCUGGUGUACUCCAACGCGCUGCAGGAGUCGGCCAACAGCAUCCUGUACAACGGGCUGAUCGAGGAGCUGGUGGAUGUGCUGCAGAUCACCGACAAGCAGCUGAUGGACAUCAAGGCGGCCUCCCUGCGGACGCUGACGUCCAUCGUGCACCUGGAGCGGACGCCCAAGCUCAGCAGCAUCAUCGACUGCACCGGCACCGCCUCCUACCACGGCUUCCUGCCCGUGCUGGUGCGCAACUGCAUCCAGGCCAUGAUCGACCCAUCCAUGGAGCCCUACCCCCACCAGUUUGCCACGGCGCUCUUCUCCUUCCUGUACCACCUGGCCAGCUACGACGCGGGCGGCGAGGCGCUGGUGUCGUGCGGCAUGAUGGAGGCGCUGCUCAAGGUUAUCAAGUUCCUGGGGGACGAGCAGGACCAGAUCACGUUUGUCACGCGGGCGGUGCGGGUGGUGGAUCUCAUCACCAACCUGGACAUGGCUGCCUUCCAGUCACACAGCGGGCUGUCCAUCUUCAUCUACCGCCUCGAGCACGAGGUGGACCUGUGCCGCCGCGAGUGUCCCUUCGUCAUCAAGCCCAAAGUGCAGCGCCCGCCCGCUGCCACCCUGCCCGAGGGCGAGGACAUGGAGACAGACAUGGAGGUGACCGACGUGGCCAUGGAGAGCAGCCCAGGCCCCUCGGCCGAAGUCCGGCAGGACCCAGUGCCACCAACCCCACCAGCUGUGCCCAGCACCAGCGCUGCCACCCCCUCCCCACGUGGUGGAGUGCAGUGCAUCCCCCAGCGCGCCGCUUUGCUCAAAUCCAUGCUGAACUUCCUGAAAAAAGCCAUCCAAGACCCCGCCUUCUCCGACGGCAUCCGGCACGUGAUGGACGGCUCGCUGCCCACCUCGCUGAAGCACAUCAUCAGCAACGCCGAGUACUACGGCCCCUCGCUGUUCCUGCUGGCGACCGAGGUGGUGACGGUCUUCGUGUUCCAGGAGCCCUCGCUGCUGUCCUCGCUGCAGGACAACGGCCUCACCGACGUCAUGCUGCACGCCCUGCUCAUCAAGGACGUGCCAGCCACGCGGGAGGUGCUGGGCUCUCUGCCCAACGUGUUCAGCGCGCUGUGCCUGAACGCGCGGGGGCUGCAGAGCUUCGUGCAGUGCCAGCCCUUCGAGCGCCUCUUCAAGGUGCUGCUGUCCCCCGACUACCUGCCCGCCAUGCGCCGCCGCCGCAGCUCCGACCCCCUGGGUGACACAGCCUCCAACCUGGGCAGCGCCGUGGACGAGCUGAUGCGACACCAGCCCACGCUCAAGACCGACGCCACCACCGCCAUCAUCAAGCUGCUGGAGGAGAUCUGCAGCCUGGGCCGGGACCCCAAGUACAUCUGCCAGAAGCCGUCGAUGCAGAAGGCGGACGGGACGGCGGCCACGCCGCCCCCGCGCUCGCCCCACGCCGCCGAGGAGGCCUCGAGCGAGGAUGAGGAGGAGGAGGAAGUGCAGGCCAUGCAGAGCUUCGGGGCUGCCCAGCAGAGCGAGGCAGAGCCCAGCCAGACCGUGGUGGGCACGGAGGAACGCAUCCCCAUCCCGCUCAUGGACUACAUCCUCAACGUGAUGAAGUUCGUGGAGUCCAUCCUGAGCAACAACACCACGGACGAUCACUGCCAGGAGUUCGUGGCCCAGCGGGGGCUGCGGCCGCUCGUCACCAUCCUGGGGCUGCCCAACCUGCCCGUGGACUUCCCCACCUCUGCAGCCUGCCAGGCCGUGGCUGGGGUCUGCAAAUCCAUCCUGACUCUCUCCCACGAGCCCAAGGUGCUGCAGGAGGGGCUGGUGCAGCUCGAGGCCGUGCUCUCGGCCCUGGAGCCGCUGCACCGGCCCAUCGAGGCCCCGGGGGGGUCGGUGCUGCUGCGGGAGCUGGCGGGGGCGGGGGCAGUGCCCGAUGCCACCCUGUCAGCCCAGGCCACCCCCCUGCUGCACGCCCUGACCGCCGCCCACGCCUUCAUCAUGAUGUUUGUGCACACCUGCAGGGUGGGACAGAGCGAGAUCAGGGCCAUCUCAGUGAACCAGUGGGGGUCCCAGCUGGGGCUGAGCGUGCUGGGCAAGCUGAGCCAGCUCUACUGCUCGCUGGUGUGGGAGAGCACCGUGCUGCUGUCCCUCUGCACCCCCAACAGUCUCCCCCCAGGCUGUGAGUUUGGCCAGGCUGACAUGCAGAAACUCGUGCCCAAGGAGGAGAAAACGGCGCCCAGCCCUCCCCAGGGCGGCCGCAGGGCAGAAGGCGAGGCCGAGGGCCCGGGCCCUGCAGGGGGGGUGGGCAGUGACCCCCCCCCAGCCCAGGGGCUGCUGGAGGGGAUGGGGCUGGAGGGGGAGCCCCUGGCCCCCAUGGAGACGGACGAGCCCAGCGCCAGCGACCCCAAAGCCAAGGCCAAGAUCACCCCGGCCAUGGCCGCCCGCAUCAAACAGAUCAAACCCCUGCUCUCCGCCUCAUCGCGGCUGGGCCGGGCUCUGGCCGAGCUCUUUGGGCUGCUGGUCAAGCUCUGCGUGGGCUCCCCGGUGCGGCAGCGCCGCAGCCACCACGCCGCCGCCGCCGCCCCCGCGCCCACCGCGGCCGCCCGCGCCACGGCCUCGGCGCUGACCCGGCUGCUGACCAAGGGGCUGAGCUGGCAACCGCCCCCCUACACCCCAACGCCACGGUUCCGGCUGACGUUCUUCAUCUGCUCGGUGGGGUUCACGUCGCCCAUGCUGUUCGACGAGCGCAAGUUCCCCUAUCACCUCAUGCUGCAGAAAUUCCUCUGCUCCGGUGGCCACAACGCCCUCUUCGAGACCUUUAACUGGGCGCUGUCCAUGGGGGGCAAGGUGCCUGUUGGGGAGGGUCUGGAGCACCCCGACCUGCCGGACGGCACCGGGGAGUUCCUGGACGCGUGGCUGAUGCUGGUGGAGAAGAUGGUGAACCCCAGCACGGUGCUGGAGUCCCCCCAUGCCCUGCCUGCCAAGGCCCCCCACAUGGACACCCGCCCCUUCAGCGCCCUGCGCUUCCUCGUGGUCACCCAGAAGGCCGCGUUCGCCUGCAUCAAGCAGCUGUGGCAGCGGCGGCCGCUGAAGGUGUACGGGGGCCGCAUGGCCGAGUCCAUGCUGGCCAUCCUGUGCCACAUCCUGCGCGCGGAGCCGCUGCUGCGCGAGCGCCUGGGCCGCGAGCGAGAGGGACCCGCGCCCGACGAGCCCGGGGGCGACGAGGGGGGAGCCCGCAGGGAGCCCCACGUCAACCAGCAGCAGCUGCAGCAGCUGAUGGACAUGGGUUUCUCACGGGAGCACGCCAUGGAGGCCCUGCUCAACACCAACACCAUGGAGCAGGCCACGGAGUACCUGCUCACCCACCCACCCCCACUCAUGGGGGGCUCUGCACGGGACCUGAGCAUGUCAGAGGAGGAUCAGAUGAUGAGAGCCAUCGCCAUGUCCCUGGGCCAGGACAUCCCCAUGGAGCAGCGCGCCGAGUCCCCAGAGGAGGCCGCGUGCCGCAAGGAGGAGGAGGAGCGGCGGGCACGGGAGCGGCAGGAGGAGGAGGAGGCCAAGUGCCUGGAGAAGUUCGAGGGGGCCGAGCCGCUGGAGGCGGCCGAGCUCGGCGCCUUCACGGACUCGAUGCUGCCGGGCUGCUCUCAGCUGCUGGACGAGCUGCCCGACACCGUGUACCGCGUGUGCGACCUGCUGAUGACGGCCGUGCGCCGCAACGGCCCGGCCUACCGCGACAGCGUGCUCAAACAGGUGGUGCAGCAGGUGUGGGAGGCAGCCGAUGUCCUGAUCAAGGCGGCCGUGCCGCUGACCACCAGCGACACCAAGACGGUGUCGGAGUGGAUCAGCCAAAUGGCCACCCUGCCCCAGGCCUCCAACCUGGCCACGCGCAUCCUGCUGCUCACCCUGCUCUUCGAGGAGCUGAAGCUGCCCUGUGCCCGCGUGGUGGAGUCCAGCUGCGUGCUGGACGUGCUGAUCAAGCUGCUGGAGGUGGUGCAGCCCUGCCUGCAGGCUGCCAAGGAGCACAAGGAGGUGCAGACCCCCAAGUGGAUCACCCCUGUGCUGCUGCUGAUUGAUUUCUAUGAGAAGACGGCUGUGUCCUCCAAGCGCCGCGCGCAGAUGAACAAGUACCUGCAGGCCACUGGGAACAACUGGCGCUGGUUUGACGACCGCUCCGGCCGCUGGUGCAGCUACAGCGCCAGCAACAACAGCACCAUCGACGCGGCCUGGAGAGCCGGGGAGCCCAGCGUGCGCUUCACGGCCGGCAGGCGGCGCUACACCGUGCAGUUCACCACCAUGGUGCAGGUGAACGAGGAGACCGGGAACCGGCGCCCGGUGAUGCUGACGCUGCUGAGACCCCCCCGGGCCGGGAAGGGCCGUGACGAGGGGGGGGCCGAGGACCCCGAGGGGAAGGGCAAGGACGAGACCCCCGCUCCAGACCCCCCUUCUACAGACGAAGACCCCCCUUCCACCACCACAACCACCACCAGCACCACCAGCACCACCACCACUCCCACCGCCCCCUGCCCGUCCCCUCCCUGCCCCACUCCCACCCCCGAGGAGCCGCGGGACGACCCCGGCGCCGACGCCGAGGCUCCGGUGCGGGGCCUGGCGGAGGAGGCGGUGCCGGCCGUGCUGCGGGCGUGCGUCAGCAUGCUGGGGGUGCCCGUGGACCCCGACACGCUGCACGCCACGCUGCGCCUGUGCCUGCGCCUGACGCGGCAGCACAAGCACGCGCUGCUGUUCGCCGAGCUGCGCUCCACGCGCACCAUCCUGGCGCUCACGCAGAGCUCCGGCUUCACCGGCUUCACGCCGCUCGUCACGCUGCUCUUCCGGCACAUCAUCGAGGAUCCCUGCACGCUGAGGCACACCAUGGAGAAGGUGGUUCGCUCAGCAGCCACGAGCGGGGCGGGCAGCACCACCUCGGGGGUGGUUUCUGGCAGCCUGGGCUCUCGGGAGGUGAAUUACAUCCUGCGGGUGCUGGGCCCCGCCGCCUGCCGCAGCCCCAACGUCUUCACCGAGGUGGCCACGGGCUGCAUCCGCAUCGCCCUGCCCGCGCCGCGCGGCUCCGGCACCGCCUCUGACGACGAGUUUGAGAACCUGCGGAUCAAGGGCCCCAACGCGGUGCAGCUGGUGAAGACCACGCCGGCCAAGGCGGCCGCGCUGCCGCCCAUCCCGACCAUCCGGGACGUCAUCUACGACAUGCUCAACGCCCUGGCUGCCUACCACGCUCCUGACGAGGGUGACAAGGGGGACCCCAAGAGCGCGGCGCCCAGCGAGGUGAGCCAGCUGCUGUCGGACAUUGGGGACGACAUGUACCAGCAGUACCGCAGCCUCACCCGCCCGCCCGCCGACUUCGACCCCCCUGCCGGCUUCGCCAUCAACGCCCAGGUUUUUGCUGCUGACGGAGCCGCGGCUGAGACGCCGCCCUCGGGAACGCCCCAGGGAGAAGCGUCCAGCCCCGAGGAGGGCCGCGAGGGCCGCAAGGAGAAGGAGGGGGAGCGCGGCGAGGAGCGGGGCCGGGCGCGGGGCUCCAAGCCCCUGAUGCCAACCUCGACCAUCCUGCGGCUGCUGGCAGAGCUGGUGCGCUCCUACGUGGGCAUCGCCGCGCUGAUCGCCAACUACAGCUACAGCGUGGGGCCAUCCGAGCUUAUCAAGGAGGACUGCAGCGUGCUGGCCUUUGUCCUGGACCACCUGCUGCCGCACCAGCAGAACGCCGAGGACAAGGACACGCCGGCGCUGGCGCGGCUCUUCCUGGCCAGCCUGGCCGCGGCCGGGCAGCGGCACCGAUGCCCAGGUGGCCUGGUGAACGAGGUCAAGGCCGCCCUCGGGCGCGCCCUGGCCAUGGCCGAGAGCACCGAGAAACACGCCAGGCUCCAGGCCGUCAUGUGCAUCAUCAGCACCAUCAUGGAGUCGUGCCCGUCCACCUCGAGCUUCUACAGCAGCGCGGCCAAGCCGCCGCACAACGGCAUGAACAACAUCAUCCGCCUGUUCCUCAAGAAGGGGCUGGUCAACGACCUGGCCCGCGUGCCCCACAGCCUCGACCUGUCCAGCCCCAACAUGGCCAACACGGUGAACGCGGCGCUGAAGCCGCUGGAGACGCUGUCGCGCAUCGUGAACCAGCCCAGCGGGCUCUUCGGGGCCAAGGGCUCCUCCAGCAAGAGCAAGGCCGAGGGCAACGGGGGCGCCCGCGAGGCGGGGGCUGCACCCCCCGAUGGAGGGGACCCCGGGGACCCUGAGCCCCCCGAGGAGGACGCGGAGGCCGCUCAGGCCGAGGCGGCCGACGGGGACAUGGACGGCGAGGCCGAGGGGGACGCGGUGGUGCUGGCCGGGCAGCCCGAGGGGCUCAGCACGCAGGAGAUGCAGGUGGAGAACGAGCUGGAGGAUCUGAUUGAUGAACUGCUGGAGAGGGACGGGGCCGACGGCAACAGCGCCAUCAUCGCCGCUCGGCCCGAGGACGAGUCCCAGGAGGACGUUCUGAUGGACGAGGCUCCGUCCAACCUGAGCCAGGCCUCGACGCUGCAGGCCAACCGUGAGGAUUCCAUGAACAUCCUGGACCCCGAGGAUGAGGAGGAGCACACGCAGGAGGAAGACAGCAGCGGCAGCAACGAGGACGAGGACGACAGCCAGGACGAGGAGGAGGAGGAGGAAGAGGAGGAUGAGGAUGAUCAGGACGAUGAGGAGGGUGAGGAAGGUGAGGAGGAGGAGGAUGACGAUGAUGGCUCGGAGAUGGAGCUGGAUGAAGAUUACCCCGACAUGAACGCCUCGCCCCUCGUGCGCUUCGAGCGCUUCGACCGCGAAGACGACCUCAUCAUCGAGUUCGACAACAUGUUCUCCAGCCCCACCGACAUCCCUCCGUCCCCCGGGAACAUCCCGGCCAGCCACCCUCUGCUGGUGCGGCACGCGGAGCACGGGGGGCUGGGGCUGGGCGCCGGCCCGGGGGGCGCCCGCCUGGCGCAGGGGCUGGGCCGGAGCCAACGCACGCUGCGGCAGCUGACGGCCAACGCCGGGCACACCAUCCACGUGCACUACCCGGGGGCACGGCAGCCCAACCCGCCCCUCAUCCUGCAGCGUGUCACCUCUGUGUCCCCUCUCAGUGACACCCCUGUGUCUCCUGUCAUUGGGAUCAGCCUCCCCGAGGGCGUGGACCCCUCCUUCCUGGCGGCGUUGCCCGAUGACAUCAGGCGGGAGGUGCUGCAGAACCAGCUGGGGAUCCGCCCACCCGCGCGGGCCCCGCCCGCCGCCAGCCCCGCCCCGCCCGUGGUGGCCAAUCCCGGCCUGACCGAGGUCAGCCCCGAGUUCCUGGCGGCGCUGCCCCCGCCAUCCAGGAGGAGGUGCUGGCGCAGCAGCGGGGCGGAGCAGCAGCGGCGGGAGCUGGCUCAGGCCACGGGCUCGGACGCGCCCAUGGACCCGGUGACGUUCAUCCAGACGCUGCCGUCGGAGCUGCGGCGCUCGGUGCUGGAGGACAUGGAGGACUCGGUGCUGGCCGUGAUGCCGCCGGACAUCGCGGCCGAGGCGCAGGCGCUGCGGCGCGAGCAGGAGGCGCGGCAGCGGCAGCUCAUGCACGAGCGCCUCUUCGGCCACUCCAGCACCUCGGCGCUCUCGGCCAUCCUGCGCAGCCCAGCGUUCACCAGCCGGCUCAGCGGCAACCGGGGCGUUCAGUACACGCGGCUGGCGGUGCAGAGAGGGGGCACCUUCCACGUGGGGGGGCACCGGCACCCACAGCCGGCGGGCAGCAGCGUGGACAGCCUCCUCCGCCUCCGUGGGCGUCUCCUGCUGGACCACGAGGCUCUGUCCUGCCUGCUGGUGCUGCUGUUUGUGGACGAGCCCAAGCUGAACACGAGCCGCCUGCACCGCGUCCUGCGCAACCUCUGCUACCACGCUCCCACGCGGGGCUGGGUGGUGCGCAGCCUCCUGUCCAUCCUGCAGCGCAGCAGCGAGAGCGAGCUGUGCCUCGAGACCCCUCGCGGCACCCCCGGCCCGGGCACGGAGGAGCGGCCGCGGGGCCGCGGAGGCGGCGGAGGCCGCGCCGGGCCCGGCUCGGCCGCGGAGCCGCGCGGGCUGGACCUGCUGCACCGCAUGGAGUCGCGCAGCUCCGGGCAGCUCUCGUGGCUCUCGGUGUCCAUGGACGCCGCCUUGGGCUGCAGGACCAACAUCUUCCAGAUCCAGCGCGUGCCCGGGCGCAAGCACACGGAGAAACACGCGGCGGCCGCCGGCUCCGCCGUGCACAUCCACCCGCCCGCGCCCGUGGUGUGCCGGCACGUGCUGGACACCCUCAUCCAGCUGGCCAAGGUCUUCCCCAGCCACUUCACCCAACAACGAGGCCGAGACCCUGCCACCGACCCGGAGCGCGACCGCGGCCCCCCCAAAUCCGGGGGCAGCCCUUGCCCCCCCCAGUCCCAAUCCGGCUCGCUGUCCACCGAUUUUUGGGACCUGCUGGUCAAGCUGGACAACAUGAACGUGAGCCGGAAGGGGAAGGGGUCGGCGCGGGCGGGGGGCGGCGGCGGGGGUCCCGAGCCCGAGGCGGGCCGGGGGGGGGGGCUGGAGGCGUCGCCCCUGGGGCAGCUGAUGAACAUGCUGUCGCACGGCGUCAUCCGGCGCAGCCCCCUCCUCACCGAGAAGCUGCUGCGCCUCCUGUCCCUCAUCUCCAUCGCCCUCCCCGAGGGGGCAAGGCCGGCGAGGGGGGGGCGGCAGCGCCCCAGAACGGAGCCCCCGCCCCCCCCGCGCCCGCCCCGCCCGCUGCAGGGGGGGGGACAGGACGGCGACGGGGACAGGGGCUGGGGACAGCGCCCGGGAGCCCCCCGGGACAGGGGGGAAACGGAGGAGGAGGAGGAGGAGCGGGCCGCGGCUGGAGGAACUGCGGCCCCUGCCAAGAGCUCCAAGUCCCCUGCCAAGGUCCCCGAGGGUGGCUCCGACCCCCGGCUGGCGGCCACGGGCCUGACCGAGAGCCAGCUCCAGCUCUCCGUGGAGGUGCUGACGUCGCACUCGUGCUCGGAGGAGGGGCUGGAGGACGCGGCCAAUGUCCUGCUGCAGCUGUCGCGGGGGGACGCGGGGACGAGGGACACGGUGCUGCGGCUGCUGCUCAGCGGGGCCCGGCAGCUGGGGGGGGCCCUGUGCCGCCAGAUCGGGACGCUGCUGGCCGAGCUCCGUGAGUACAACCUGGAGCAGCAGCGGCGGGGCGCAGCUCGAGGCGCCGUCCCCCGAGGGGCUCCCCGAGGAGCAGCCCCCCAGCGCAAGCUCAAGGGCAAAAUGCAGAGCCGGUUCGACACGGCCGAGAGCGUGGUCAUCGUGGCGUCGCAGAAGCGCGCCCUGGGCGGGCGGGAGCUGCAGCUGCCCUCCAUGUCCGUGCUGACCUCCAAGACGUCCACGCAGCGCUUCUUCCUGCGCGUGCUGCAGGUCAUCAUCCAGCUGCGCGACGACACGCGCCGGGCGCACCGCAAGGCCAAGCAGCCCGGCCGGCUGGGCGCCGCGGGGCUGGGGGCGGCCGGCAGCAUCCAGGCCGCCGUCCGGCAGCUGGAGGCCGAGGCCGACGCCAUCAUACAAAUGGUACGUGAGGGCCAGAGGGCCCGGAGGCGGCAGCAGGGAGACACGUCGGAGGCCGGGCCCGCGGACGCCGUCCCCCGGCGCGAGGAGUCGCCCAUGGACGUGGACCAGCCCUCGCCCGCGGCGCAGGACGUGGGCCCCGAGGCCGCGCAGGGCGGUGACCGGGACAGGGACAGGGACAGGGAGGAGCGGCCCCCGGAGCUGCCCCUGCUGAGCGAGCAGCUGAGCCUGGACGAGCUGUGGGACAUGCUGGGAGAGUGCCUCAAGGAGCUCGAGGAGUCCCACGACCAGCACGCCGUGCUCGUUCUGCAGCCGGCCGUCGAGGCGUUUUUCCUGGUGCACGCCACGGAGCGCGAGAGCCGCCCGCCGGUGCGGGACACGCGGGAGAGCCAGCUGGCACACAUCAAGGACGAGCCGCCGCCGCUGUCCCCCGCGCCCCUCACCCCUGCCACCCCCUCCGCCCUGGACCCCUUCUUCUCCCGGGAGCCCUCGGCCAUGCACAUCUCGGCCAGCCUGCCCCCGGACACGCAGAAAUUCCUGCGCUUCGCCGAGACCCACCGGACGGUGCUGAACCAGAUCCUGCGGCAAUCCACCACUCACCUGGCCGACGGCCCCUUCGCCGUGCUGGUCGAUUACAUCCGCGUGCUGGACUUCGACGUCAAGCGCAAGUAUUUCAGGCAGGAGCUGGAGCGCCUGGACGAGGGGCUGCGCAAGGAGGACAUGGCCGUGCACGUGCGGCGCGAUCACGUCUUCGAGGACUCGUACCGGGAGCUGCACCGCAAAUCCCCCGAGGAGAUGAAAAACCGACUGUACAUCGUGUUCGAGGGCGAGGAGGGCCAGGACGCCGGCGGGCUGCUGCGGGAGUGGUACAUGAUCAUCUCCCGCGAGAUGUUCAACCCCAUGUACGCCCUGUUCCGCACGUCGCCCGGCGACCGCGUCACCUACACCAUCAACCCCUCGUCCCACUGCAACCCCAACCACCUGAGCUACUUCAAGUUCGUGGGCAGGAUCGUGGCCAAGGCCGUCUACGACAACCGGCUGCUGGAGUGCUACUUCACGCGCUCCUUCUACAAACACAUCCUGGGCAAGUCCGUGCGGUACACGGACAUGGAGAGCGAGGACUAUCACUUCUACCAGGGCCUCGUGUACCUGCUGGAGAACGACGUCUCCACGCUGGGCUACGACCUCACCUUCAGCACUGAGGUGCAGGAAUUUGGGGUGUGCGAGGUGCGGGACCUGAAGCCCAACGGGGCCAACGUGCUGGUGACGGAGGAGAACAAGAAGGAGUACGUGCACCUCGUGUGCCAGAUGCGCAUGACCGGAGCCAUCAGGAAGCAGCUGGCGGCGUUCCUGGAAGGUUUCUACGAGAUCAUCCCCAAGCGCCUCAUCUCCAUCUUCACGGAGCAGGAGCUGGAGCUGCUCAUCUCGGGGCUGCCCACCAUCGACAUCGACGACCUCAAGGCCAACACCGAGUACCACAAGUACCAGGGCAACUCCAUCCAGAUCCAGUGGUUCUGGCGUGCCCUGCGCUCCUUCGACCAGGCCGACCGCGCCAAGUUCCUGCAGUUCGUGACGGGCACGUCCAAGGUGCCCCUGCAGGGAUUCGCCGCCCUCGAGGGCAUGAACGGCAUCCAGAAAUUCCAGAUCCACCGCGACGACCGCUCCACCGACCGGCUGCCCUCGGCACACACCUGCUUCAACCAGCUGGACCUGCCGGCCUACGAGAGCUACGAGAAGCUGCGGCACAUGCUGCUGCUGGCCAUCCAGGAGUGCUCCGAGGGCUUCGGCCUGGCCUAGGGGGGCCGCGCCGGCCCCCCCGCAGGGGCUCUAUAAAUAUAUAUAUAUUUUUUGGUUC